CAAAGCUCCAUGUGUAAGAGGAGCGAAAACCGAAGCGAAGAAAGUUUAGUUUUUUUAGUAGUUCGUGAUGAAAACGCGUAAAAAGACAAAUGUGAGGGGACGAAGUUUCGUGUAAAGUCGUGUUGUUCGGUUUUUAGCUGAAAAACUGAAGCUCCCGCGAAGAAAAAGAAGAAGAGGAGGGAAAGAAAGAGAAAGAGAAAUCCCGGCGUUUAAAAAUUAAAGUCCGGUGGAGCUGGAGAAGAAGCUGUGCUGUUAAAGGAUGUUUCUUCGUGCUGCUGCUGUUUGACGAAUGAAAGAGGAAAAGAUGGAGAGAGAGCUUCGAGACAGGAGAGAGGAGGAGGAGGAGGACAGCACACUAAAAACUCCUUCCAGGAGGAGAGAGGAGGAAGAGGAGGAGAUGGCGAAGGCUAAAGACUUCAGAGACAAAGCACAACGAGAGCUGAUUGGUGGACACACUCCGAUCUCCGCCUCCUCCUCCUUCACCUCCUCUCCUUUCCUCUCCUGUUCUCUCCGCCGAGGAAGGGGGUGCGGCACAGGAGGUGAAGAUGACGAGGAGGAAGACGAGGUCAGAGUCGCCAUAGUCACCAUUGAGGAUGAGUCCUGUCCGUCUGAGCCUUUCGGCACCACCCACCUCGAAACAGCCAAUCAGAUCACACGGACAGAGCAGGGAGGAGACAAAGAGAAGAAAGAAGAAGAGGAGGAGGGAGAGAUGGAGGAGGAAAGAGAAGAGGAGGAGGAGGAGGAGGCAAACAGUGAUGAAAGAAAAGAGGAAGAGGAGGAGAACACAGAGGUGACGUCACCUUCGCUGCACCUGCAGAGCCAGAUGAAGAGGAAGUUGGACCAUGGUCCGGACGGACGGCCGUUCCCUUCAGGGAAGAAGCACUGCAAAGGCAACGGGUACCUCAGUCCUUCCAGUCUGGUUCAGGCCACGCCCACCACAUUUGGCGACCUGCGACUGGCCAAUGGGCAUUCGGCUCAGCGGCGGCGGGUCACGUCGGGUCCGCCUCCUUCUGGUCUGCAGGACUGGCUUCACACCUUCCAGACAUGGAGCGGUCCGGAGAGGCUGUUGGCCCUGGACGAGUUGAUUGACAGGUGUGAGACCAAUCAGGUGAAGCACAUGAUGCAGGUCAUCGAGCCCCAGUUCCAGAGAGACUUCAUAUCCCUACUGCCCAAAGAGUUAGCUCUGUAUGUGCUGACCUUCCUGGCUCCCAGAGACCUGCUGCAGGCUGCUCAGACCUGCAGAUACUGGAGAAUCCUGGCUGAAGACAACCUGCUGUGGAGGGAGAAGUGCCGCGAGGAAGGUAUUCCAGAGAGUGUGUCGUCCCGUCGCAGGAAGUGUUUGAGGCCAGGCGUGGCGGUCAGUCCGUGGAAGUCGGCCUACAUGAGACAGCACCGCAUCGAGAGCAACUGGAGGAAGGGCGACACACGGGAACCCAUGGUGCUGAAAGGUCACGACGAUCACGUGAUCACCUGCCUCCAGUUCAGCGGUGACCUGAUCGUCAGCGGCUCAGACGACAACACACUCAAAGUCUGGUCAGCCAUCACCGGCAAGUGUCUGCGGACGUUGACGGGUCACACCGGCGGGGUGUGGUGCAGUCAGAUGGCCGUCGCCACGGUGAUCAGCGGCUCCACCGACCGGACGCUGCGCGUGUGGGACGCCGAGAGCGGCGAGUGCGUCCACACGCUGUACGGACACACGUCCACUGUGCGCUGCAUGCAUCUCCACGGCAACCGGGUGGUGUCGGGCUCUCGGGACACGACGCUGCGAGUGUGGGACGUGUCGACGGGUCGCUGUGAGCACGUGCUGACGGGCCACGUGGCGGCGGUGCGCUGCGUGCAGUACGACGGCCGCCGCGUGGUGUCGGGUGGCUACGACUACAUGGUGAAGGUGUGGGACCCCGAGACGGAGGCGUGUCUGCACACACUGCAGGGACAUACCAACAGAGUGUACUCGCUACAGUUUGAUGGCGUCUUCGUGGUGAGCGGCUCAUUGGACACUUCAAUCAAAGUGUGGGACGCAGAGACAGGUGGGUGUGUCCACACGCUGACCGGCCACCAAUCACUCACCAGUGGCAUGGAGCUGCGAGACAACAUCCUGGUGUCCGGGAACGCCGACUCUACGGUCCGAGUGUGGGACAUCCGGACGGGACAGUGUCUCCACACGCUGCAAGGUCCUAACAAGCACCAGUCGGCGGUGACGUGCCUGCAGUUCUGCCGAGGUCUCGUCCUGUCCAGCUCCGACGACGGGACGGUCAAACUGUGGGACCUGAGGACCGGCGCCUGGCUGAGGGACGUGGUGGCGCUGCAGAGCCGGGGAUCAGGUGGCGUGGUGUGGCGAAUCAGAGCGUCCGACACUCGGCUGGUGUGCGCCGCCGGCAGCAGGAACGGGACGGAGGAGACCAAACUGCUGGUGCUGGACUUCGACCUGGAUGACAAGAAGAAAGAGAUGGACUGAAGGGGGACGUCGUGACGUCAUCAGGUCGAGACAAAGGACC